UUUAAAAAUGCCAGAUGUCUCCAGUGUGCACCGCGCUAUGAUGAACAGCUGAUUACCGGCGCAUUUUGAUAGCAUUGUUCAUGUAUUUUGAUAAUUUUUUCUGAUUUAAAUAAUUUAAAGAAACUUACAAAGAUGUUCUCGCAAAGUGUACGUUCGUUGAUAUCACCGCUGCGCACGACUCUGACGCAAGCAGCACGUUGUAGCUCCAGAGAAGCUGCACCAACUAGAAUUGAAAAGACUGUCAAUAGCGUAACAAUUCUUGGACGAGUUGGCGCCGAUCCACAAUUGCGCGGUUCAGUUGAGCAUCCGGUUGUUAUGUUUUCUGUGGCCACACAUGCUAAUUACAGAUAUGAAAACGGCGACUGGGCUCAACGCACCGAAUGGCAUCGUGUUGUAGUAUUUAAACCAAAUUUACGCGACACUGUCAUGGAGCAUCUCAAAAAAGGUCAACGUACUAUGGUGCAAGGAAAAAUUACUUAUGGUGAAAUUACCGAUCAGCAGGGCAAUCAGAAGACAACUACCAGCAUUAUAGCUGAUGACAUAAUUUUUUUCAGAACUGACUCGUGAUUCGUGGUCGACCAAAAAAGAAUUGUUGAUCUUAUUUUUAAGCCAUUUUACACAUUACACUUACAUUUAUGUAAUAUAUGUAUGCUAAGCUUUAAAGAUAGAAAGUGUCCACAUCUAGAAAAUCUCCAUAAGGGAAUAAGAAUUCAUAAUUACUGUUAAAUUACGCCAACAUGAUUUGGAAAAAUCUUCAAUUAACAUACUUUUAAUUUAAUAAAUUGUUGUAAACACUGAAAA